AUGCCUUCCGGUGAUUACAGCGCUCAGCACUCAGAGAGCCUCCCAGUCCCUCUGAGCUCGCCUCAGUCUGGUGAUGGAUCCAUCCCCAGCCCGCAAGAUGACGGCGAGCGUGCUGAAUUUCGAUCCGAACCUCCGCCCCCGCCAACCCCAACCCCAAUCCAGUCCACUGAGUUCCGUCGGGAGAAUGUACCUCUGGGUGCCGGCUCUUUCGCAAAUUGUCGCGAUCUAGCGUUCCAUGAUUGUACUUUCAUCGAUGCGUCGGCGAACAUCUCCAUCAAUGGUGCGUAG